UCGGCUGUGUCUGGAGGUCUCCGAGAGCGGUCUGCGCACUUCCGGACCCCGGGCUGGGGUUGCGGUGGUCGGUGCCUCGGACCCGGCCGGUUCUGAGGCCCCCGCUGCAUCUAGGCCUGGCGAUUCCCUCCGCCCGAGCGUAGAGAGGGCACGUGUGGCAGAGCCACGGCUGCAGAGCUGGCGGACGCUGGGAGGGGUGCUGUGCUCGGGGGUCCGCCCAGUCUUGUCGGAGCCCACAGUCCGCAACGGGCUUAGCGCGGUGGACCCAGUGACAGCCUUGGCCCGGGUCCCUGAGCUCUGCUGGCGCGCCCGGGCCUCCUGUGGCCGAGGAGGGAGAAGGGCCCCCCUUUCUUUCCCACCCUCCAUCACACCUUCGGACCCCACAUCGCAGCUAACGGUGUUCUUAAUAUCUUGCAAAGGCGUAGUAUCAGGCUGGGACAAGACGGCUCAGUCCUGUCUGCACAUUCCAGCUCCUUCCUACCCCCAGACGGUCUGGAAGCAGGAGCUGAGCCUCCAGCCCACGGACGAAAGAAAAUGCGCGUGAGAGAGGUGUUCAGAGCCACCCAGCUCAGUAGAGGCCGAGCCAGCACUAGCGCCCAGGGCUCCCGACACCAGGCGGGGGCUUCCUCCCGUGCGCCUCGGGUCAUCGCUAAAACCCGCCCCUUCCCACCUCCACCCAUUCAGACCCUCCCACGGAUUUCCUCUCCUCCAGGGGAAGGACUCUGAUAGGCGGUCCUGGAGAGAAAACCCAGUAAGAUGAUAUAUGUAUAUUUUUAUGAACUAUUUCAAUAUUGAACAGUGAGCACAUGUUUAUUGUCUAAAAAAAAAAUCGAAAAUGCCACUAUGUCAAAACAAGCAGGUCCUACCAUGCAAAGGUCACGUUGUUAACAUUCUGUGUGUUUUGUACAGAAUUUUUUCUUUAUAUGUUUUUACAAAAACCCAUCCCACGUGCUGACAUUGAUGUACACUGGCAGGAAGCAGAGUUGAGUGUCCUCAUGGACCCAUGCUGGGGAAUCUGCCUUCCUGUCCUCAUUUCCCGGGGCCGCCCUGACAAAGUGCCACACCCUGGGGUGGCUGGAAGCACAGAGAUUACAUCUGUAAUCUUUCUCCACUCCAGAGGCCAGAAGGCCAGAGGUGCAGGUGUCAGCGGGGGCCAGUUCCUUCUGAGACCAGGAUGGGGCACCUGCUCCAGGCUCUCCCCAGCUUCUGGGAGUUUGCUGUCAGUCCUUGGUGCAUCUGACUUCAUCUUCCCUGACAUUCGUCCUGUGUGAGGCCCUGGGCCCCAAUAUCCCCUUUUCACAAGGACGCUAGUCAUACUGGGUUGGGUUGGGGCCCGCCCUCACAAUCAUUUACAGACUCUUUCUAAACAAGGCCACAUUCGGAGAUCCUGAGGGCUAGGAUCCCUGACAUUUCUUCUUGGGGGACAAAGUUCAAGCCAGAAUAUGUCCUUGACGGGGUGAUUGGUCAGGUAACCCCGAGCGGUUCAGUUCCUAGAAGCUAUGAUAAAGAACCGUCUCUCUUUGCUGCCAGUGGUCUAGUGAACAGCUCAUGUUUCCGUCCAGGUCCAGUUUCAAGCUUUCCUCUCUCCCUGGGGGGCUGCAGGUCUUUAUCCCCAGAUGGAGGGCCUGCAAUCUCUUCUGUCUCUGCGACUCCUUAACCCUCUCAUCGGCCAGCUUCUUUCUCCAUGGUGGGGGUAGAGGGGCAGGAGGAGGAGAAAUGAAGAAAAGGACCACCAACAUUUCCUUGCUUGGUGCUUUUUGGUAGCUCCACAUUCUACCACACAGGAGGCCACCUGAUGACUUUUUGGGGGUGCAGAGCCUGUGACACAGGCAGGGGCUCUCUGACAGACCUUGGUGGCUGGCUCCUGGCUCCUUGGUACAGCUUCUCAGGGCUGGCUCUUGGUGCCCGGCAGGCAGCCUGCUCGCGGCAUAUCCUUGCUGUAGAGUUCAUGCCCACCUACCUUCCUGCCCUCCACACAGGCCCGCCCCCCCCCCCAACCUCGCUGCACCGGAAACCCUCACACCCUGAUUCCAACACAUGCACUCUAUGCAGGCCGCUCCCAUUCCUACUCCCUCUCCUCUCCUGGCCACCAGGGUGGCCCUCUGCCAGCCUCUACCUUAGGAGUUCCUUGGCUUCAAGGCUGCCUCCUACUGCUGGGCUCUUGCAUACACAGAUCUGCCCCCCCGGAGCGCUUGUUCCCCACUCUGUCGAACCACCACAUGCCCGAGAGUUUCUGCAGCCAGGCACACAUCCUCUUUUUGCAGGCUCCCUCUGGUUCUCUUGCCACCACCCCUCUUGGCAUGGGACAGAAGCAAAACCUUCAGUAGACACCUCUCCUUCCACCCUUCCUUCUCUAAAGGGAGGCAUCUGUUAGGUUGGAUCCAGCAGCUCCCCCGGAGAAUUUGGGGUGCUUGGGAAUUUAGCUAAAACUCCAGGCACCUGGGAAAAGCCCAUCCACCUACCUGUUACCCAUCUGUGAAAUCAUGUGCUUAUGGAUUACAUACCUUCAUUCUCCCCCUUAUUGAUAUAGCCAGAAGCUAUUUCCAUGUUAUAUGAUUAUUUGUGUGAUAGUUUAAAUGGAUUCAUAGCAUGGCAUGCUUUAAUUGUAUCAACAUUGAUUAACUAAUCUCUUAUUUUUAAACACUUAGGUAGUCUCCAAUUUAAAAAAAAAAACACACCCUCAAUUCUUUAUGGAGUUUCUGUAAUUCUAGAGUUUUAGUGUCUCUGCAGACUUCCUGGACCCAACUCCCGUGUGUCUCUGUCCUGAGUAGGAACAUACCUAAGACCAACCUCGUGUGUGUUCAGGAGAGAGAUAGGUGUGGGGUCCAGUUGAUGCUUCCAGCCACAGUAUAUUUGCUCCUAAACCUUCGUGUUCCUGUUCCCUGGCAAAAUGAGGAAAGGAGGAGGGCUCAGGAGAAGCCAUCAGAUCUUGUCCCAUAUUUGGUAUCUGCUUUUCCCAGCCCACAAGGGAAGGACCAUGUGCCAGGGGUCGUUGUCGUUCAGAGAUGUGGCUGUGGGCUUCACCCGAAAGGAAUGGCAACAGCUCGACCCUACACAGAGGAUGCUGUACCGGGACGUGAUGCUGGAGAACUACAGCCACCUGGUCUCCGUGGGAUGUCAAGUCUCCAAACCAGCUGUGAUCUCCAGGUUGGAGCAAGGGCAAGAACCAUGGAUGGAAGAGGAGGAAAUCCUCAGAUGGAGCUUUCAAGAAGAAAUUCUGCAAGCUGACCGCCAAGUAGGUAGACCCCAGGGACACCAAGACAAACUUCUGAGGCACAUUGCAAUCCUUGACAAGCAAGAACUAGCCAAGAAAGGGUAUCACGGAUGUAGCACAAUUGAAAAAACAGUCUUUCAGGACACAAACCAGGCUCCCUCAAAGCAGCCGGCCCAUACCUGUGACUCAUGUGGAAUGAGUUUGCCAUGUAAUGUAGCCGUUAGCCCUAAUGCCUACCUCGCCAGAAGGAGAUUUGAGUGUGAUGGACAGGGGAACUUAUUUCUGUACUCUAAGCUCGAAACACCCCCUUCUGGAGUACAGCCACGUGAGUGUGACAGGUGCCGGAAUGCCCUCAGCCGUGACCAGGCCCUUCGUGCCCACCAGGGUGCUGGCAGUGCCGAGAAAGCCCACAGGUGUCCCCAGUGUGGGAAAGGCUUCUCCUGUGAACCGGAACUCAUUGUGCACCGGAGGGUUCAUGGGGGUGAGCAGCCCUCUGCACCUGGUGCACAGGGCCUCAGCUGCAAGAAGGAGGUUUGCCUCCCCAAACGCCGGGGAAAUCAUACCAAAGAGAAACCCGGGGGGGACAGCGGUGGUGGGAAGACACUGCCCCAGAAGAUAAGCAUAUCGGUGCCAGUCGCAGUGCUUGCCGGAGGGAAGCCCUACAAGUGCUCCGAGUGUGAGAAGAUCUUCUCCCAUAAGUCCCGUCUCAUUGAGCACCACCGGUCCCACACGGGGGAGAAGCCCUACGGCUGCAAAGAGUGCGGGAAGUCUUUCUCGCGAAAGUCGUGCCUCAUCAUCCACUACCGCAUUCACACCGGCGAGAAGCCCUAUGGCUGUGGCGAGUGUGGGAAAGCCUUCUUCCAGAAGUCUCACCUCAUCCUGCAUCAGAGGACUCACACAGGGGAGAAGCCCUACAAGUGCAGCGAGUGUGGGAAAGCCUUCUCGCAGAACUCCUGCCUUAUCAUCCACAAGAGAACUCAUAUGGGCAAGAAGCCGUACGAGUGCUCAGAGUGUGGGAAGACCUUCUCCCAGAAGGCGAACCUCAUUCGCCACCACAGAAUCCACACCAGGGAGAAACUGUAUGGGUGAAGGGAGAGUGCGGGCUUUGUCCCGAGUCCCAGCCCACCUGGGAAUAUAAACCCCUGGAUGUUCUGAGUGUGGAAAACCUUUCAGCAGGGAGUCCAGUGCCACUGUGUGCAGAGAUUCAUACCGAGGUGAAAUUCUUCCAGUCUGUGGAGAAUUAAGAAGAGACCAUCUCUUACAACUAACAGAAGGGUAAUGAUGCUCUAGAGUGUUAUAUUUUUAUAAGAUAUGCCUCAUUAUAAAAUCUAUCUGAAUUA